UUUAGUCAAGAUCGAAGCCUGACUGCAAUCAACUCAUGGCAGCUGUUUUUGAAUACCAUAUCAAGACACGUGUGCAUGCAUCUCGUCAAACAUCAGCUUCAACAACAACAACAACAACAACCAACAAUACACCAAAGCUCAAACAAAAUGACUAUAAAAAUGUUUGAAAGCCUCGAGCAAAAAAAGUUUUGGGAACUUAGUACAGGCACAAUCGUUGAAUUAAAAAUGAAGGAGCUUGCUUUGAAGAGUGAAACAGAACAGUGAGUCUUUUUGUUUUUCCUUUCUUUUUUGUACGUGCUAUUCUAAUUUACGACUAUUUCUAGUCCCUGCCACUCCAUGGUUCUUGAUACCUCGGAUCCUGCCUAGCUUGAAUUCUUCACUAUAAGUGAAUUUGACGAAAUUGAUAAUGAACAGCCACCAUCCAUUGUACUGUAGCGGUAGCUACUACUGCUAGCAAGUCACACGAAGCCCAAUUAGUAGAUCACACAAAUACCCUCUAUAAAGCAUCAAUCCCUCCUCAACUACAACAAUAUGUAUAAUUGUCAUCACCAUCCGUAACACCCCUAUAUCUUAUAUCUGUCAUUAAGUAUAGAAAUCAGUUGUUUUUAAGCAGUAAUAAAUCUUCAGUUAUAAUAUUACAUAUCCCCAGAUCUCAUAUCCAAUUCU